CUAUGCUGUGUACAAGGAAGCUAAGCUAUCCGCUAUGACUUGGCACGAAUGAUUGAAAUUUCAUUCACUAUUGAGUUUAUGCGGCAGAAUAUAUAUCCACUGGCGUUUUUUUUUUGUUUUUCUACACUUUGGAAGGAGGAAGGAGAAACGUUCAUGAGAUAAGUAGCUACUAGCUUGUUCGUCAUGCCGCUCUAGCACUGAAUCGUCGAGGGCUUUUGGAAAAAUCUCAUUUCUUUACAACUGAUAAAGUAAGUAGCCGACUGUGCAUUUAAUGAUGGCUUCGAUCCUGGAUGAGUACGAGGACUCCCAGAUCAGCAGGCCGAGCGCGCAGCAGCACAGCCGCCUGGCAUCCACCAUCGGGAUAACGCACUCAGGCUUCGUCAAUGUGAGACUCGAGGAAGAGAAGCCGAUAUUCAACAAGCAGAGGAUCGACUUCACACCACCAGAGAAGAUAAACCACCUGGCGGUCUGCAACAACCAGCUGUGCAUGAGUCUGGGAAAAGAUACCCUGCUCAGGAUUGAUUUAGCCAAACCAGAUCAACCCAACCAGACUGAUUUAGGAAGGAAAGAUGACAGCAAAGUGCACAAAUUAUUCUUGGACCCUACAGGCUCCCAUCUGCUGAUCAGCCUGAGCACCAGUGAGUGUCUCUACCUUAACAGAAACACCCAGAAGGUUCGCAGCCUGUCCCGCUGGAGGGGCCACCUCAUCGAGAGUGUGGGCUGGAACAAGCUGCUGGGCAAUGAGACCAACACAGGACCAAUUCUGGUGGGAACCAGCCAAGGCAUCAUCUUUGAGGCGGAGAUCUCUGCAACAGAGGGCAGCCUGUUCAACACCAAUCCAGAUCAGUACUUCAGACAGGUCCACUCUGUGGAGGAGGAUGGCAGGCCUGCACCUGUGUGCUGCUUGGAGAUAGAGCGCGGCCUGGAAAACAAGUACUUCAUCAUAGCCACCACCAGAAAGCGUCUGUUCCAGUUUGUUGGCAAGGUGGCCGAGGGAUCAGAACAGCAAGGCUUCAGCUCCAUCUUCAACCAGAAUCAGGAUCUGCUGCCAAGCUUCCAGGAGUUCCCAGCCAACAUGGGAUACAGUGAGAUCACCUUCUACACCUCAAAGCUUCGAAAUUCUCCUAAGGCGUUCGCGUGGAUGAUGGGUAAUGGAGUUCUGUAUGGUCAGCUGGACUACGUCAGACCUGAUUCUCUGCUGAGCGACGUGCAGGUAUGGGAGUACACUCCGGAUGUAGACCUCAGUCUCAACAAGCCCAUUUCCAUCGUGCUGACACAGUUCCACUUCCUGCUGCUGCUUCAUGACAGAGUCAAGGCCAUCUGCACUCUGAAUGGACAGGUUGUAUAUGAGGACGUGUUCCCAGACAAAUUUGGCACCCUUAAGAGGAUGAUCAAAGAUCCAGCCGGCGGCUUGGUCUGGAUCUACACUGAAAAGGCAGUUUUUCGGUAUCACAUCCAGCGUGAGUCCAGAGAUGUGUGGCAGAUGUACAUGAGUAUGAAUAAAUUUGACCUGGCCAAGGAGUACUGCCGGGACCGGCCCGAAUGCAUGGACAUGGUGCUGGCCAAGGAGGCCGAGCACUGCUUCCAGAACAAGCGAUACCUUGAAAGUGCCAAGUGCUAUGCUCUGACCCAGAACUAUUUUGAAGAGAUAGCACUGAAGUUCAUCGAAGCCAAACAAGAGGAAGCCUUGAAGGAGUUCUUAUUGAAGAAAUUAAACAAUCUCAAGCAGAGUGAGAGAACGCAGAUCACUCUGCUGGUCACCUGGCUCACCGAGCUCUACCUGAACCGCCUCGGUCAGCUGGAGAGUGACGGCAACAGCGUCAUCUUCCAGGAGACCCGCGAUGAGUUCCGCCAGUUUAUGAGCAGCUCCAAGAACAAGGAGUGUCUGUUCAACAAUCGCAGCACCAUCUAUGACUUGCUGGCCAGCCACGGCAACGUGGAAGACAUGGUUUACUUCUCAGUCGUCAUGCAGGACUAUGAGAGGGUGAUAUCCCACUACUGUCAGCACGACGAUUACAGCGCCGCCCUGGACGUCCUCGCCAAGCACUGUGAUGAAAAACUCUUUUACAAGUUCUCCCCAGUCUUAAUGCAGCACAUUCCCAAGAAAGUAGUCGACGCGUGGAUCCAAAUGGGCAAACGGCUGGACCCGAAGAAGCUCAUUCCAGCUCUGAUGAACUACAGUCAAAUGGGCAGCACCCAGCAAAUCAACGAAACCAUCCGCUACAUGGAGUUCUGUGUGUACGAGCUGACUGUGACAGAAGAGGCCAUCCAUAACUACCUCCUGUCACUUUAUGCCAAAUACAAACCCGACUCUCUCCUGUGGUAUCUGGAGCAGGCCGGUACACACGCAUCAGAGAUCCAUUAUGACUUGAAGUACGCCCUCAGGUUGUGUGCAGAGCACGGCUACCUCAGAGCCUGCGUCCUUGUUUACAGGAUUAUGGAACUAUAUGAAGAAGCAGUGGAUCUUGCCCUUCGGGUGGAUGUUGAUCUGGCCAAGGUAUGCGCUGAUCUGCCUGAAGAUGAUGAGGAGAUGAGGAAAAAGCUCUGGCUGAAGAUUGCGAGGCAUGUGGUACAGGAGGAAAAAGAUGUGAAGAAAGCCAUGAACUGUUUGUCCAGCUGCAACCUGCUCAAAAUCGAAGACAUCCUGCCCUUCUUUCCAGAUUUUGUCACCAUUGAUCACUUUAAGGAAGCCAUCUGCGGCUCUCUAGAAGAGUAUAACCAGCACAUUGAAGAACUGAAGCAGGAAAUGGAGGAGGCCACAGAGAGUGCUAAACGCAUCAGAGAGGACAUUCAAGAAAUGAGGAACAAGUAUGGAGUUGUGGAUUCUCAGGAAAAGUGCGCCGCUUGUGACUUCCCCUUGCUCAACAGGCCAUUCUAUCUGUUCCUGUGUGGGCACAUGUUUCACUAUGACUGCUUGUUCCAGGAGGUGACCCCUCAUUUGUCAGCCUACAAGCAGGGGCGUCUGGAGGAGCUCCAGAAGAAGCUGGCUGCGACGGCACAGUCAUCCAAAUCACGCCACCGCCCGGCACCAAAAGACGAAGGGGACACUUCAAGCUUGGGAAAAGGCAGCGCAGGAACGAGCCGCGAACAAAUAAAGUCUGACAUUGACGACAUCAUCGCAUCCGAGUGCGUGUACUGUGGCGAACUGAUGAUCAAAUCCAUCGACAAGCCUUUCAUCGAUCCACAGAAGUUUGAGGAGGAGAAAUCCAGCUGGCUAUGAACAGUGACUUUUCUCAUGUCUGUAGGAAAUGAAGACAAACAACUGCCUGCUAUCUACAUGUUAAAAGUGUGCGAAUCCAGUGGAUACAGACAUCUGUUUGUCUGUUGGUAGAGUGCCUACUGUUGUACACAUUCUCAUCUUCACAAACUACUCGUUUUGUGUUUGUGUUUUAAAUGUAUGGGAAGGUAAUUGCACUUUAAGUAGGAAUUGACAUUGGGCAAUAAUCUUUGGGCAUGUAGUCAAGUCAGGACUCUUCAUACACCAUACAUGGGCCCGAUAGAAUAGAACUGCACUAAACAAAUUUCAUUAUGUAUCUGCUCUUCUUUGGAUGAUUAAAAACAUUACAUGUACACUUAAUAAUAAUCAGUUCAAUCUGAGCUCGAAUCAUUUUGUGCUUUUGUCGUUUGGCCUGAUUUAAGAUGGAAAGUUGGAUUAUUUCUUAAAAUGCAAUGUUUUACAGUUGAAAUGUGAACAAUUAAAGCUUAUCAGUUUUGA